AUGGCUUCGAACGAAUUAACACUACAAGAUUUCAAGAGAGAAGAUACAUGUAAUGGACAUACAGUGCAUUUUGAUGAUAUUAUUUAUACAGAUGACGAUUGUUCACCAUCAGUAGCUAUGGAUGAUAACAAUCGUCAUGUUGUAUUCACAACAGACGAGCCAAAUCGACAAUUGAAUACUCGAUAUAAAUCUGGUAUACUUAAACGUCGAGAAAACACAAUAACUACAGCUGAUGCACCACGUAUAAUUUUAUCAGAUGAAGGACUUAAAACUGGUCGAGUAUCACCUUUUAUCAAUUUUCCUCUAUUUAUUAGUAUGACUAUUCGGAGUGUGGGUGUCAUAUUUGGUGAUAUUGGUACAUCUCCUUUAUAUGUUCUCAAAACAUUAUUUGAUUCUCCUCCAGAGGAAGACGCAGUAAUUGGUGCUAUAUCAUUAAUCGUAUGGAGUUUAAUUGUUGUUGUUUCAUUAAAAUAUGCUAUAUUCAUAUUAAUGGCAGAUA